GUGCGCAGCAAGCUCCUGGUGUCGCUGGCGCUGCUGGGCUCGGAGCAGCGCGAGGCGGCGGGCGUGCUGUACCGCACGCUCACGCACAUCGACUCCAUCAUCCACAACUACGGGCUGCAGCUCAACGAGGGCCGCACGGGCGAUGAGUUCCUGCUGCUCUUCACCAUGGCCUCCAACCACCCGGCCUUCAGCUUCCACCAGAAGCAGGUGCUGCGCCAGGAGCUCACGCAGAUCCAGAGCAGCCUGAGCAGCGGCGGCGGCGGCGGCGGGGGCCACGGCGGCAAGAGCGCGCUGCCCACCUGCCCGGCCUGCCACAAGGUAACUCCAAGAACCGAGGCUCCCGUCAGCAGCGUGAGUAAUAGUUUGGAGAACGCACUACACACAUCAGCACAUUCCACGGAGGAGUCGCUGCCCAAGAGGACUGUGGGGAAACACUCCAAAGUGAGUGUUGAAAAGAUAGACCUGAAGGGAUUGUCACACACAAAAAAUGAAAGAAAUGUUGAAUGUUCCUUUGAGGUCUUGUGGUCUGAUUCUUCAGUAACAUCAGUAACCAAAUCUUCCUCUGAAGUGACUGAAUUUAUGUCAAAGUUACCUCAGCUGUACCCUGAAGAAAAUCUGGAGAAAUUCAUUCCUUGCUUGGCCGGCCCAGAUUCCUUUUACGUAGAGCGAAGCCACAUGGAUCUGGAAGCGGACCUGAGGUAUUUGACUUCAUUACCUUCUCACGUAUUGAAAAAUGACCACAUUAAGAAAUUUUUCAGCACUUCGUCUCCCACCCAACAGCUUCAAAGUCCAAGUCCUGGCACCCCUUCCCUUUCCAAAGUGGGCACCGUGAUGGGCGUGUCUGGAAGGCCCGUGUGUGGCGUGGCCGGCAUCCCCUCCUCUCAGAGUGGCGCCCAGCACCACAUGCAGCACUCAGCCACCGCGGCCGCCUUGCCCCACUGCUCCCACGCGGGGGGUGCCGGCUCAGCCCUGGCCUACCGGGCCCAGAUGGACACGUCGCCCGCCAUCCUGAUGCCCUCCAGUCUGCAGACCCCUCAGACCCAGGAGCAGAAUGGGAUCUUAGACUGGCUUAGGAAACUGCGCUUGCACAAGUAUUACCCCGUCUUCAAACAGCUCACGAUGGAGAAGUUUCUGAGCCUUACUGAGGAAGAUCUAAAUAAAUUUGAAUCCCUCACCAUGGGAGCAAAGAAAAAACUCAAGACUCAGCUAGAGCUGGAGAAGGAGAAGUCAGAGAAACGGUGCCUGAACCCUGCAGCUCCACCCCCGGUCACCGGCAGCGGAGUGGCUCGCGUCCCCCCGACCAGCCACGUGGGUCCCGUGCAGACCGUGCGAGGCGCCCACGCUGCAGCGCUGCGGGUGGAAGUGGAGCAGCCCCCUCACCAGACGGCCCGGGAAGGCAGCUCCUCCGAGUGCUCCAGCUCCUCGCCCAGCCCGAUGGGGGUGCAGGCCCGGGAAGAGAGCUCGGACAGCGCCGAGGAGAACGACAGACGUGUGGAGAUUCACUUGGAGGGCUCGGACAAGGAGAAGCCCGUCAUGCUCCUGAACCACUUCGCUUCAAGCUCUGCCAGGCCCACGGCCCAGGUUCUCCCCGUGCAGAACGAGGCGGGCUCCAGUCCAUCGGGCCACCACGCCCUGCCCCCCCAGAUGAUGGCUGCGGCCUCACACCUGGCGCCCAUCCGGAUGCUGAAUUCCGUGCACAAGUCGGAGAGGGGGGGCGCGGACAUGAAGCUCCUCCCGCCUUCCGUGCACUCGCUGCUGUCUCUCGAAGAACGGAGUAAGCUCUCGGGACCAAGAGGCGGCAUCAAAGUGGACAAGAACUUCGGCCACGCUGUGAUCGACGCGGCCCCCACGCCCGGCCCCCAGCAGCCCCUGCAGGUCCUCUCCGCGCUUGCCGAGAGCAGCGCCGUGUCACCCACCGUCUCCUUUGGUCCCCGCGCCAAAGUCGUGCACACGUCCGCGCUGGACAGAGUCCUGAAGCCGGCCCCGCAGCCCGCCCCGGGCGGGGAGACCAGCACCGCUGCUGCGGGCACGUCCAGCACCGUCUUCCACGUGGCUCGGCCCCCCAUCAAACUCCUGGUGUCUUCAUCCGUCCCCGCGGAUUCUGCCAUUUCCGGGCAAACUCCCUGUUCUAAUAACGUGCAAAUAAGCGUGCCCCCUGCAAUAAUAAACCCCCGGACUGCCCUGUACACCGCCAACACCAAAGCUGCCUUCUCUGCGAUGAGCAGUGUGCCCGUGGGGCCCCUGCAGGGCGGCUUCUGUGCGAACAGCAACACUGCCUCCUCCAGCAGCCACCCCUCCACGUCCUUCGCCAGCAUGGCCACCGUGCCCAGCUGCCCGGCCCCCAGCUCCAGCCCCGCGCUCUCCUCGGCCCCCGAAAGCAGUUUCUACAGCGGCGGCGGCGGCUCCGGCUCCCCCGGGAACAUUCCCGCCUCCGCCCAGAACCACCACCACCACCACCACCAUCAGCAGCAGUCGGCGCCCCAGCAGCCCGCGCCCGCGCCACCCCCGGGCUGCGUCGUGUGCACUUCGUGCGGGUGCAGCGGCAGCUGUGGCUCCAGCGGCCUGACCGUCAGCUACGCCAACUACUUCCAGCACCCGUUCUCGGGGCCGUCCGUCUUCCCCUUCCCCUUCCUGCCCUUCAGCCCCGUGUGUGGCAGCGGCUACGUGGGCGCCCAGCAGUACGGCGGCGGCGCCUUCCCCGUGGUGCACUCGCCCUAUGGCGGCGGCGUGCCCCCCGAGCCCGUGCUGGGCGGCCAGUCGGCCUUCGCCGUGCCGCCCGUGCAGAGCUUCAUGGCGGGCGCGGCGGGCGUGUACCAGGCGCCGGGGCUGGUGGGCGGCGGCGUUCUCAGGAGACUCCUGUUUGGUAAAGACAAGACGAGCUGGCAGAACCUGGACUGA